AUGCCAUUCAUCGACAGCCAGCAUGUCAUCCACAAGUAUUUCCUGCCCCGAGCCUAUGCCGUUGCCAUCCCACUAGCUGCUGGCCUCCUGCUGCGCCUGUUUGUGGGGCUGUUCAUCACCUAUGUGAUGCUGAAGAACCAGAAGGUGACCAAAAAGCCUCAGUGAGGGC